UAUUUUUCUUUCUGUUUACCAGCUAUGAUUGGUGACAGGGGAGACAAACCUGUGAGGAACCUGAUCACAGAGCUGGGUGGCUGGCCAGUGAUCGAUGACCAGUGGUCAAGCAGUGGGUUUGUCCUGGAGGACAUGCUGUCCAAGAUCCGCGGGAAGUACGAGGCUCCUUACCUCUUCAACAUCGGCGUGGGCGCGGACGAUAAGAACUCUACUGCAAAUAUAAUUCAGAUUGACCAGGCGACACUUGGCAUGCCCAGCCGUGAGUACUACAUGCAUCGAAAUCAGGCUCACCUGCAGGCCUAUGUCCGGUUCAUGAGCGAUGUAGUGCGUCUCAUGGGGGCUACUGGUCCGGACGUCACUUCUCAGCUCAAUGACCUGCUCGACUUUGAGACCAAGUUGGCUAAUGUGAGUUCUACCUUGUGCUUUUUUGGGAAAAGCUUUGGUGUUUUUUUAAUAGUUUUUUUUCAAACAACAAAGGCAGAUGAUUACUGCUCAUGGAGCAAGCUUGUCGACAACAACAAAGUCUUCACGCUUCACAAGUAUCACAGCCCAGUGUCUCUUGCUAUUGGGAGACUCAUCCUUGCAUUCCUACCACAGUUUGACGUGUUGCGGUACCUCCGUGGUUUUAUCCAAGACCCCAUCACGGAGGACGAGCCGAUCGUUGUGUUUGCUCUGCAAUAUCUCAAGGAUGUCGUCGAUAUAGUCGAGGAGACGGAACCCAGGACAGUAGCAAACUACAUAAUCUGGCGGGUAGUGCAGCAUUUCGUGGAAUAUUUGGACGAAAGUUUCCAAGAAGCCCGGAGUCUGUAUAAGCAAGUUUUCCAGGGUGUAAAGCAAGAUCUAAUCCGGUGGAAACGCUGUGUGGAGAUUGUCAACGAAAACGUUGGCAUGGCAACAGGUGCCAUGUUUGUGAGGGACAAUUUCAAGAAGCAGAGUAAAGAUACGCUGAACUUCACUGGAGACCAAUUCUUUGACAACAUUCUCUCUGUCUUGGAGUUUGAAACCAGGCGUUCACUGGACAGGCUGCGAAAGGAAGUCCGAAAAGACGUCUGGGAACAGGAGCCCGUUGUUGUAAACGCCUUUUACAACCCCAACACUAACGAUAUAGUGUUUCCAGCCGGAAUUCUGCAACCUUCAUUUUACAGCCAAAGUUAUCCCAAAUCUCUGAACUACGGCGGUAUCGGCGUUGUGAUCGGCCAUGAGAUUACCCAUGGAUUUGAUGAUAAAGGUCGCCAGUACGACAAGAACGGCAACAUCAAACUGUGGUGGGAUGACAAGACCAUCGAGGCGUUCCGGAAGAGGGCCCAGUGCGUCAUUGAACAGUACUCCGGUUUCAAACUGGAGCAAAUCAACGAAUACCUUUUCCUUCAGAUCUGGUGUGGCAAGACGAGGGACGAAGAAGCUUUGCGUAAAAGCAGGAUCUCGGUGCACAGUCCUGGGUCGAUCCGUGUCCUUGGACCACUGUCCAACUCAAGGGAGUUUUCUGCAGCUUACAGCUGCCCACUUGGGUCUAGAAUGAACCCAGAGCAUAAGUGCUCUGUUUGGUGAUUGGUCGUCUGAUGUACCAACAUUUUGUUACAAUUUCUGUGAUUGGUCCAUUGUGCUCAUUUCUACAGCUAACUGUGUCAAGAGCUGUGGAAGUUCACUGUGCUGUACAAGCUCUGUUCCCUCUCUGUCAGAGACGUUUGGUCAGAGGCGAUCAGUUACCUUGAGGUGACAGUAAUCUUAUUGUGGAUGCCUGUGAUGAGAAUAUUAUUUUGCUAGAUAUGAUACAACAUAAAGAUAUAUUAUUCACAUACAUAUAAAAUACGGUAUAUUUGAUACGUACUCAUCACCGAGUCUGUGACGAGACAAAUAGAUCUAGUAAACUUUUUAUUUAGAAAAACGCUGUCAUGUUUACAAAUGGAAACAAAAUCCUGGGUGUUUUACAAUGCAUUAGAGGAAUCCAGAGUAAAGCAAAAAGAUGUCUGUUUUGUCUUAAACAGUACAAGAACAGAGGGGAAAAGAACCUAUUGGAUGACUUGGUUUUUCGUGUGCCAGAAAACAUUAAUGAAUCUUAAAAGUAAAAAAUGUGAGCUAAGAAACCAAAGAGCUCAUCGUGAACUUAAUCACAUUGUUAUUCUUUGAGGCCAAGGGAAACUUUGAGAAGAGUGUGACCAGCUUCAAGAGCAUCAAGCAGACCGGCCAAAGCUUCUCAUGAAAUGGUACUGAUAUCACAGUUCCAUUCAAACAAGCUUGAAAAUACUGAAGUUCACAACUUCGCACAGUUUGCAGCUCCAGAAAGGUACAUUCCUUCAUGAAUAAGCCCAGGAGGAGAGGUGUUAUGAGAUUAAUGGCUUGGAGUGACAGAAGUCUGAGUAGUUAUUAAAACAAAGAGAUUUCGUGUUAGUAACACGCUUCUUUACUCUGUAAAAAACAUUGGAAACUGUCCGCAGGUGUAUGGACAUUGGAGACCUUUCCCUCCUGCUGACAAGACACUUGCAGAAAUGAUAGUGUGGCAGAUGACAUUGUUUACUCCCUGUGUGGUUUUGAUGUUAUGUAGUGUACAUUCACAGAAUCACAUCAUUACUUGUGUCAUUUUUCUCUUAAAGAUGAAAUCAUAGCCUAAGUUGUAUUGACCUCCGUGGUUUUGUGCAUCCGAAUGAUUAUGUUAUUCACUUUCUGACCUGAGCAUGACGCGCCAUGCUGUGAUUGACAAGAUGGGGUAGGGUAUCCUGUGUGAUUUGUCAACAUACGUACUCAAGAUUGAUUUUUUUAAAAACGGUUCUAGCAAAUGUUUUAAAUGAGUAAAAUGAGAGUGAGCAGAGGACACAAUUAAAGUGACAUUCUUCAAUCCAUGUGAUUGGUGAGUUAAAUGAAUAUUUUUUCUCUGUGCCAAGUAGGCCUACUGAAAUCAAAUAUAAAAAUGUUCUGUUUGACGCUUCUCCAUGCUGCUUUACUACUACCGUUCUAUUGCUAAUAGAAUAGUACAGAAAAUGUGAAAAUGUUUUUUCUAAAUAUGACUACUUCACAAAAAGGUUGAAAGAAGGUUUUAAAAAAUAACUAAAAGAAAAUAGAAUUGACUUUCCUCUCAUGAUGUAGAUUACUCAGCCUCAAAUAUUCUCUUUAAUAAUAUGUUAUAAAUCCAGCCAACAUUAAGUUCGAGUCGAUGAAUAAUUAUGUUGCCGCACUUUGAAAGUACUCCACACUUUUUUAAAAAAUGAGUAGCGUUGUCAAUACUGAUGGGGGUGAAUCCCAAGACGAUACAUGAUACUGUCUUUGAACAUUUUAGUGAAAAUUUUUAUCUCAUUUCAUAGCAUCUUUCAACUUUAUUUUGAAAGACUGCAAGUUGUGGAAGAUAAAAUAUGCAUGGCGGUUUUGUAAUAAAUAGUGUUUGUAUUUUCACACUCAUUGGCCUGUCCUUUGUGCGUCGUUCAAAGAUCGUAUAUUUUAAAUGAUGAUACACUUCCCUAAAUGAAUAAGAAGCAAAACAUCCUGAAUAGCUCUAGUGCAGUGAAGUCUAUACUCAGACUAAGCCAGUCCUCUUCUAUGCUCUGAUGAUCUCGCCUAGGUGCUCAUUGGAGGAUCGGUUCCUUUCGAUUCGGUUCGGGUCAGUUUAGUUUAAUACGGGGUGCCCACUACGGAUGGGAUCGGCCGAUCUGCCGACUCGGUCGCUUCAAACAUAAACGUGUUUGUUUUCAGUUUCAGGCGACCGAGUCGGCCCGAUUCAGCCGAAGUUGGCACCCCGUAUUAAUGCGGCUUCGGUGCACGCCUCAAACGGCUUUGUAUUUCAAUGUCAUCGUCGGUUUCCUUUGGUUUGUGCCACGAUGGUACCUUUUGUCUCUACAUGGAGAAAAAUCUGGCUGGCCCCGACGACCAAACCGAACUGAACCCAGUCGAACCAAACCUGUCCUGCCAAAAAAAAAGAAAAACUUCUGUUCCAGAAAAAAAAGAUGUCAUCAACACUGGCUAUGAGAUCUUUAUAAUUACGUGUAUAAUCUUUGUGAAUUGUGGUUAUUUAAAGGAGUGACAGAUAAUUAUCUUGUGUGUCCCAUCGUUACCUCUGUAUUCCCAGAGAGCAUGUAUGAUAUGGAGAAAUGGCCACUUGUUAAUAUUGUGUACCCUUGUUGUCAUGCUUUACAUGGUGUUUUAGUUUACAGGAGGCUCAAUAAUCAUUUACCAAUGGCGUUAUUUUUACUUUUGUGUAUGUAUUAUAAUAAUAAAUACUUGUCUUGCUGUAUUUUUCUUUGUAAUAUAACUCAUACGUACAAGUUUGGUCAAAGUGUGUUUUAUAUUGCUUUGGUGCAAAUAGUUGUUUGAUUUUAUUUUAAUCUGCUUUUUUCGUGUCUUGGAAACACGUUGGUCGGCAGAACAGAAGAUUUUUCAGUUUCUUGCUCUCUACACUUUCUGAUGAUCUAUUUGUAGGGGGAUUCUCGUUAUUCUUGUUUCUAUUGUGCUUGACAUCUCAGGGCAUGAGAUUGAUAGUGUCAGGUUGUGUCAUGAUCUGGCCCCGGAAGAAAUGUGGUGCGAUGCGGUAGAAUCAGGCGCUCGUCAUUCAGGGGCACAGGGAGGUAUUGGUAUGAUCUUAAAGCCUGUUCGUUUGAAUUACUAAUGGUGAAAAAAUACAUCUAUAUAGAAUACAAGAAGUUGAAAUAUUUGCAAUUGAAGGAGAUGGUGGUCGCCUAGCGGUCGUAGGGUAAAUUAAUGAGGCUUGGCUACCAUUGACCUUUGGUGAUUUUCAAAGUUGUAGUGUUGUAGUGUCUUUGGAAACUUCAUAUUUACAUCUGUGCGCCUUUGGUAAACGUUUUUCAGUAAAAUAAUACUGAAAUGUAUUGGUUUUAAUUAACAUAAACAGUGUUGAGAAAAAAAGCAAAGAAAAUAUCUAUAAAAAGUGUCCAACAGGUGGAAAAUAUUGACUUUUUCCGAUUACACUAUUUUGACGAGCGCCUGAUUUCACAACGAUGCCACACAAAUGUGUUCGAUGUGACUUUUCUCAAGUUGAAAGUUGUGCUUUAUUGUUGUCAAUUGAUAUAAAACAAAUUCUGAGGACUAUUUCUUCUCAAACAACAUUCUGAAAUCGAACUGCGUUAUAAUGCUUGGAUAUAAUCUUUUGAUUUGAAAAAGUGGUGUUGCCUGCAAAAAAAUCGGGAUACUCAACAAGGUUUUAUAAUAUUUUUUUUCUUAUUGGUUCAACUUCUCUGCAGGUCAUUUUGUUUGACUUCAAAACUUUACCAGGAACAGAUUGAGCGAAAUUGUCUGAAAUAACCAUUUAUUUUGCCAUAGGAAAUGGCUUUUCAGUAUCUCGUUUAUCACUUUUUUAUCAAAUAUUCUUUUAUCAAAUCAGUGAAGCUCUGGGCCUUGAUUCUUGUUAUAUUAUAAUGUUUGAUCCCAUUACAUACUUAUGUCUGCCUGGUUUAUGAAUUGUAAAUUAUAACUGUAACGUUUCAUUUAUACAUUGGUUGGUCGUUCUUUUAAAAUGUAAUAUAUAUAUCUAUUUUAUGUGAUACUUUAAUUAUUGUUCAAGGUUGUAACAAAAACAUGGACUCACAAAUUCUGAAGAACAAGGGUAGUAAUACUGAACGUGUAAAAUACAAAUGUUUCAAUGUUUUAAUUUUUCAGUCAUCAAUAAUCUACUCCACUGUGUGAGGUUGUAUCGCUCUUGUUCCUCUGUCCAGGACUGUUGUUUCACUGUCUGUGACAUAAUAGCUAUGGACUAGGUCGCCCCAAAGCUUAGCUCUGGGUCUUUACUUUAUCUUAAAAGGUGAGCUUCUUGGUUCUUGGCAACAUGGACCCUCGUGGCAUCUUGGUAGUUAUUAUAUUUUUUCCUUUUUUAUUUUUUCCUUAGAAAAUAGUUUUAACAUCCCUUGCAACGCUGUCAAUUCGUUUAAGAAGUGGAACAAUCGAACUAGAUCUAUUAUGUCCCUCUCCGGUAGUAGUACCCGGCCAAAUGGAAACAUUCGUGUAAAGUGCCUUUCUCAAGGACACAAUGCUGGACCAAGGCAGCCUCGAAGCCCCGAACCCACUGUCUCACAAUAACGAAUCCAGUACGCUCACCACUCGGUUACCAAUGUGAAAGCAUUCACGCAGUUCUGAAUGUAGGAUAGUCACGCGUUGAUUCUGUAUCGUUAAAAGACCAACGACUAAUACACAUAAAGUAGAGUAAAGUAACCAUGUCUGUAAAAAUAAAAUGUGGGGUGGAUGGCCUUGUGGUUAGACUCUCAGACUCGCAACCGGAAGGUCGUGGAUUUGAAUACGUCAAAGGCCCGAUGUUGUGUCCUUGAGAAAGGCACUUUACACGAAUUUCCCUCACUUCAUCCAGGUGAUGUAGGAAUGGGUACCUGGCUAUAAAUAGCGAAAGAUUUGUUCAGUUUGUUUUUAGUUUGGCCCGUGUAAUCCGCUGCUUGCACUGUAUGCUUUCCGUGAAGCCGAUGUUUCUGAGUGUAAGUCUUGGUGGUCUAGGAUCUGCUGGGGUAAUAAUAGUUGUAAAGCGUAUUGAGCAUGCUGUAGGCGAGAGCGUGGAUAUGCGCCAUACAAUGCAAUUCUGAUCAUAAAACCAACCUAGAAGUAUCUCACUAUAUAUACAAUUCUUUUUUUCUUUAGAAUCUGGAUUGUUUUUUAAUGUUGCUUACUAUUUUUAGUACUAUCAGACAGGGUCACCUCUACCCCUACUCUACUGUUCAAACCCAUUCAUUUUCUCGACUAGAAUUAUUCAUGAAUCAGCAAACAGUAAGGUGCGCUUUUAUUUGAAACUUAGUAAGACGUAAGGUAUACUAUAGAAGGGAUUUUUUCAGCUUCAAAUAAGUUUUGUGUGUAUUUAUGUAUCCAUUUUAAAGAUUUGAAUCUUUUCCGUCUCAACUUGGAAAAGUGCAUAAUAGAUCAAGUUUAUUGCGUGCGUGCAUGUACAUAAUUACAUGUAUUAUAUUAUGCGUUUUAUACGGGAGGUGAAAGUAACUCCAUUCAACUGAAUGUCUAUACAAGUAAAUGUUAUAUAAUAUGUUUUAAAUGGUGAUCUGUGAAAGAAUAAUGUUUUGUAAGAUAAUAUGAAGUACUUGUUACUAUUGUUUAAAUAAUCUCUUUGUGAUUGUAAGAAUAAAUCAUUUACAUUUUUAUACAUACAGUACAGUAAAGCUUUGCGUGUGACAUAGUUUUGUACAGGGAACAUUUCCCCAUAUUGCAUAUUCGUGCGCCAUGUAUUGGCAGGUUUUUUUAGGCCACAGUGACAUUUUUCUCACUUAUAUUUUGUUUCUUCAUCUGUACAUUUGGACAAUUUAGAUUUGUUUAGGAUGGCAUGAGUUUUGUUUUAUCUGUAUGGGUAUUUUUCUUUUCUUUUUACUGUCUUAAAAAAAUGGAUGUACAGUUUAUAAUAUGUGUCCCUUAAUACCUCACUAUUAUCUCAAAUCUUUAAAAGUAUUAACAUUUUUACAUGUAUUCAGAUAUCUCUGCUCGGCUGCUUUCUUAACACUUCUCCGGUGUGUUGUAUUUGUAUAUUGCUAGCGCGUUCCAGCACUUUGCUCACCAACAGUCGGUCCAAUUAUCUUAUGUUACUGGAAUUACAGUAGUAGUACGCACGUCUCGUCUUUGUGCACAAGAGCAAGUCUUGGCGGUCAUUGACCAGAUAUUUAAAGGUGCAACGUAUGCAGACACCAGAGCUGCAGAGGGUGCAUACAGUUUAGCACGCUUAUAGCGAAACCGGCGGGACUUAAAAAUCUUUUUCGUUAUGUACGUUACGAAUUUUGCUAUACAUCCAUCAUGUGCGUGUUUUAAUGCAAAGAAUAUGCCUGUAUAAAAACAAAAAUAGGGACCUCAAAUACUCCUCACUUUGUGCGUGUUUUGCUAUGUGUGUGCUAAACUAUAUAGGCCUACUUAAAAUACGGUCGCUUUUAAGCACAAGGGGGCUAUCCGAAAAAAAUGCUGUUUUUAGAAAAUCGAAGAUAAAGUUUUUGCCCCUUGUUAAAUUUCUUUAAAAGAUAAGGAGAUUUUUCUCUAUAACCAAACAAAUAUACACACCAAUGAAAUCAAACUUCUUCUAUAUAGGUAAGGAAAUGCCCACUUUUGCCACUUUUGGUGUAGGUCAAGAUUUCUGGAAACCCCUAAGAUCUGGGUUAGCCCGCUUAUCCUUAAAAGCGACAAUAUAGCCCCGACACCGCCUGUUUGAGGCGGUAAAAGUUCUUACGCUUCACGUGGAAGAUGUGUUAAGAUUUGGGAGGAGCGACUGUUUCUUCUGAAUGACAUUUACAGAAAAACUUUGUUUCCUUACUCCUCAUUUUGGUUCCAAGGAGAUGGAUACUCUAAUCAAGGGUCCCAAUAGUUGUGAGCACCGUAAAACUCUUACCGAACUUAGAGGUCCCGUCAUUUACAUUACUAACAAGUGUGAAAAACAUACCAUAAUAUCGUUACAGUACUCUCCAUUUGAUCUGAGAUGCUAAAAAGUACUUUUAUGUCUGGUACCGUAGUAGUAGUGACAAUGCCUCUAACUAAUACUAUAAUAAUAUAUUUACACAAAUUACCGUACUUAAUUAAUUACCAUUUUAAUUGGCUUUUUUUCCCUUUUAUUUUCAUUUUUUUCUCCAAUGAUAAAAGGAUCUUAAGAUUUUUUUUAAUUGGGUUUUUUUUUUAAUUCCUUGUAGUAGAUUAGAUACCUGUUACACACGCAAGUUUUUGCACCUAUUACAUUUCUUGUGUUUUGAAUAAUGUGCAGUCCUUAUGUUUGGGUUUGCUGUAAUACAACAUAGGCCUACGUGCUAUGUAUAUGUAACCAGGGCA